GUGACUGUGAUUUUGAAUCAACCUGGAAGAUGAAUUUCACCAUUUUAUGGUUUGUUUUGCUUUUCUGUGGCUCGAUUUUGGCCCAGGAUGAUGGCAAUGCUACUGAAAUACAGUCAUACCAUCCCGAUAUGUGUGACCAUAUCAGAGAGUUUGUUGCCAUAGGAGAAAAACUUGGAGCUUUAGAAACCAGGCUGAAGGACAGUGAAAACCAGAUGCUGGAACUGAGGAACAAAGAAAGAACCAAGGUGAUAUUCAGUGCAGCUACAGAAGGAGAUAGAGCCAUUGGACCAUUCAACACAGAAACAACUUUAAUCUACAGAAGAGUGAUUACAAACAUUGGUAAUGCCUACAACCAAUUCUCAGGUCACUUCAUCGCACCUGUUGCAGGUGUUUAUCACUUUAGCAUAUUUUAUCAUGCUGGAGGAAAACAUCGGGUAAGGCUGUUUCUGUACAAGAACAAUCACAUAAUGGCUGAGACUCAUGAUCACCCGUCAAUAUCAGACACAGCUGAUAAUGGAGGAAACGCAGUGUUCCUGGAGCUACAGCCAGGAGACAACGUCUAUGUAAACAUGCAUAUAAAUACACAUGUUUGGGGAUGCCCCACAACUACAACUUUCAGUGGCUUUCUGGUCUCUCAAAUGUGAUAAUGGAUGCCUUCACAAUAAUUUACCACUUUCUUGGGAUAAAGAAUGAAUACUAUAUGCAUCUCUAGAAAUGUCAAAUUUAAAUAUUCAAAUGUUAAAACUAUGACUUGAUGGCAGCAUAUUGAUUGAAAUGGAUGAUUAACCAAACACAGUGAGAAAUGUAUUCAUGUGAAUGAAAUGUAUAUGUGUUAAUGCCUACAAACACCCAUGUUUCAGAAACUGACUACCAUUCAGUGGUUUUUCUGUUCACUUAAAUGUGGGAAUCAAUGCACUGUAUUUCUGUUAUCCAAUGAAUGUAAACAUUUGAGAUCGAAAACAUAAAUGCAUUAUAUUUUACAAUCUGAUCAAACAGAAUGCUGCUUCUUAUUAAAUAAAUAAUCUACAAAUGA